CGACAGCCGAAACACACGUCUUAUGAAAAUUCACAGAUGUGCUGUGACUUUUCCACUUGUCUCUUCUCUGUGUUCUUGUGCAAAAAAAAAAGUUCCACCAAAAUAUCUCCCCAACAAAAGUAGAACUCUUAUUUUCCAAAAGUGCUUUUCCACCAUGGAAAAUCGCACCUUGCCACACUAAGUGCUAAAAUAUCAAUUAAGUUCCAUUUUGAUGUAAUCAAAACCAAGUGAAAUAUUGCAAGAGAAAAAUUUCUCUUGUAUUUUAGUGAAAUUUUGCACCAUUUCCCCUAACGAAUCUCCUCUAAGUUUCUUUUCUUUUCUCCCUUCACCAAAAUCUUUGGCUCUUUGGGCAAAUUUAUCUGUCUCUGUUGACAAAAAGAAUUUAAAUGUCUAUUUGCAUACACUUGUGAUUUAUAUUGCUACAAAAUAGAGGAAAAAAAGUCGACGAAAAGUGGUCCAUCGAAUUAUGUAGAAAAAAAAAUUGUAGUUAUAUACCUUCUGUGUGUUGUUAGAGUGCUUCAAUAAAGCAGAAAACAUUUAAUUCUAAUUGUAAAGUCAGACUUACACAAUUAAAAAAAAAAGCUUCGUCCGUCCCAUGCAAAAGAAGAAUCCAAAAGAGGAGAGAGAAAAAAGGAAAAGUGUACGAAAAGGCGAAUUACACUUUACAAAAUCGAUAGCAUUUCGUUGUGUGUGCCAAAACAGGGAACAUUAAGAAGGAAGGGAGCGGAAAAAAUCACAUAUAUAGUAAACUCAACUAUGGGAAGACUUUUUUUUCUGUGUAGUGUAUUUUAGUGUUGUAAAUAUUCACUAUUUUAAUUUGUAUAAAUAAACUAUACAAAUUAAUUUAAAGAAAAAAAACAGUGAAAAUAUCCAAGUGAGAGACUGGAAAUUGUGUCCACACAAUCAUAAUAAUUAUAUAUCUCUUUAUUAUUUUGAAACUUAUAUAAAUUACCAUGAGCAAUUAGACCAAAUAUAGUAUCGCAUUUCAUUCAUUCGUCGGACGUCAUUCCGCAUACACUACCAAGCUUAAAAUGUACGAAUGAAAGUGCAAACAGUCGUCCGGAAUAUUAUAGAGACACCGGAAAUUCUCCUCCAUCUCGUCUUCUUUUCGGUCCCAUUCUGCGAGGAGUGGAUCAAAUAAGGAGGAAGAGAGUGUUAAUGAGAUUCCAUCUGCAGUCGUGCGUGAAGGGGCAACAGUUAUAAACAUGGCAAGUCAUUCAACAUAACUCACAAUCUCGGAUAAAAGCACAACACUGGAAAUUAAGUUUUGUCAUCAAAGCCGAAGAAAAGGAAGAAAAAAAAACAGGGGAAAGAGAUCAGGUGGAUCAGAAUUGGCUCCUUCCCUUCCUGGUGCCUAGCAGAAUGAUGCCAAAGACAUUCUACACAAUAUCCGAUGAGCAUCUUUCGAGCGCACUCAGUAAAACACUCAAUCCAUCGAAAUUGCAAUUGUUGAUGGACAAAAUUGGCAAUGAGGUGACGGAAGCAUCUCACAAUACAAUUUAUGUCCCAUUGAAAAACGUUCAGGUGAAAUUGAAUCGAAACAGUGUUAGUAUCAACAACGAAAAUUUGGACGUGGAAUUAUUGCAACUCUUGUAUCAGUCCUACUAUAAUAGUAAAUUCAGCAAACUGGCUCAAAAACCGCCAAAGGAGCGUUUGCGCGUCACCUAUUUCGAUGACUUUAAUCUGUUUCGGAGGGAGUCAGCCGAUGGCCAACCCACCGGAUCCCAACCACCCACCACCACCACCUCAGCCACCUCAACCACCGAUGGUCGGGUGACAACUGCAUCGUGCAACGAAUUGUUCUUCAGCAGUCACGGUGAGAGAGUCUUUCCCACUGAGUCCGACUGGAGAACAUCGCGCGCCAAGCUCACCUACGUGGCCAGUAGUGAUGAGCACAUUGGCCACAUCACACCGGUCAGCAGUGUCAUCCAACCAGUGCCACCACAAGUCACCACCAUCAACCCAGAGAACGAUGGGAUGCAGGAAAUAAGCCAAACAGCUCAUUCAUCCACUCCCAGGAAAUCAGUUGAGGAGAUCAGUACACAAACGACAAUGACGGUGGCAACAGCAUUGGAAAAUGUGGAAACCAAUUGUGGUGACUUGGUAUCUGGAAGUACUGUAAAAGUUCAUCUUGAACGUGCUAAGGAUACAUCAUUUGGGAUAUGUAUUGUUGGUGGUCAGGUAAAUCUUUCGGGCCACAACAAAAUUGUUGGAGUGUUCAUCAAAAACAUCAUCCCCGAUAGUCCAGCUGACAAGUGUAGCUUGUUGAAAAUUGGAGAUCGCAUUUUGGCUGUGGAUGAAGUGAAUUUACGUGACGCCUCACACCAAUUUGCUGUCAGUGUGAUCAAAAACGCUGGCCUAUCGAUUAAUUUACUCAUCGAACGCUUCAAUAAAUGGCAAAAUGAUAUUUUCAACGUAUGUGACGGUGAUGAUAAAUCUGUAGCACUGGAAAAGCGCCAACCACCACCUGUAACACCGUCCAGAACACCUGAAUUAGUUGUGGUGCAAGGGUCCAAUUCAGCUGAGGUGAAACCUUCUGGCAAAAGUGAUGAAAAGUCUGGUGGAAAUGCAGAAACAAUAAUAAAGAAUUCAAAUGAUACUGGGAAAAUUGCUGCAAAAAUUGAUGAUGAAUCAUCUGGAAGUAGCGAUGAGGAUAGUCGUGAUAUGUCUGGCAGAGUUUUAACUAAAGCUGGCAUGGAGAAGAAAAUUCCAAUUGCGACACCAACGAUUGACAGAGCAUCAGCUGGCAACGUAAAGUUGAAUAAGAAUGAAAUGGCAAAAGAAGAUGAAGCAGAGGAUGAGUUUGGCUACACAUCGUAUAAAUUGAGAAAGAGAUAUGGAGCUCUGGGAACGGUGAUUCAGCACCAAUUGAAAAAGAUGGAAAAGGGCAGCAUGGGAAUAUCUCUGGCUGGACAUAGGGACAGAAAUAAGAUGGCAUGCUUUAUUGCCGGCAUCAAUCCAAAGGGUCUGGCAGCUCAAUCGGAUUUAAAAGUUGGAGAUGAGAUUCUCGAGGUCAAUGGAAUUGUUCUCCAUGGAAGAAGCCACCUAAAUGCAUCGGCAAUCAUAAAAUCCCUUCCGGGUCCCAUUGUUAAAUUUAUUCUGUUGCGAAAGGAGAAGAAUCUGGAGGAUUUAGCUGUGAGACCAGUGACACAGUUUCCAAUAAAUCUCGAUACCGAGGCAGAGAGUAUUGCUGCGAGUUUCAAGAAUGCCCGAACGCUCACAAUGCAAAAGACUGGUCACAGUCUUGGCAUUAUGAUAAUCGAGGGGAAGCACUCGGAUGUUGGACAGGGAAUAUUUGUUUCUGACAUCCAAGAGGGCUCAACAGCCGAACGAGCUGGACUGUGUGUGGGUGAUAUGAUCCUAUCUGUGAAUAGUGACUCUCUACUUGGAUGCAAUUAUGAGACAGCUGCAGGUCUGCUCAAGAAAACCGAAGGACUGGUAACCCUAAAAAUCUGCAAUCCCAACAGAAAAGAAGACACCAAGGAUACCAUUGUCAAUGACAUCACAAGAAAAUCCCUGGAGAGACCACGUGAUGACGAUGGGAAGCAAAUAAGUCAGCCAGUAACGCCAAAAUCUCACAAAUCCGCCAAAGAUAUGGCCCCAGAAAUUCAAAAAGAAAUCACCGCAAAUCGUGAGUCAAUUAUUGAAAUCAAUGCCGAAAAGAAGCCGCUGGGUAUUCAUGUGGUGGGUGGAUGUGAUACCAUUGUGAAGAAUGGAGCUGUGAUUGUUCAAAUCUAUCCAAGUGGUGCGAUUGCCAAAGAUGGACGCCUUCGAGUCUUCGAUCAGAUUCUCGAGAUAAAUGGCAUAAAGCUAACAGCUGAGAAGAGUGCAGAAGCCAUCAAGAAAGUCUUAGUGGCGCAAUAUGAUAAGCUAACCAUUAGUAUUUGGCGUUCUGACCCAAUCGACACCCAAUCAUUCGACGUGGACCUGAUAAAGAAGAGUGGCAAGGAUCUUGGAAUACAAUUCUCUGAUCACAAUGGCCACGGGCUCGUGAUAUCUUCAAUCCUUCCUGGAGGAAUUGCAGAUACUGAUGGUAGGAUACAAAAGGGUGACACUGUUUGUGGAGUGAAUGGUGAAUCUCUGACUAAUCAACCGUACGAUGUCUGUGCAAUUCUUCUUAAAGUAUGUCAAGGAAAGACCAAUUUAAAACUUCUUAGACCAGCACCAAAGAAACGUUGAACAUUUUAUCCUUCUUACAAAUAAAAUAAAAACCAUGUAGUUGUCAAAAAUAAGCGAGAGGAAAACAACCCAGUAGAAAAAAAAACAAAAGAAAUUAUAUAAAACACAUUACGAAAUGAUAAGAGAGAGAAAUAAAUUGAAUCUAUUGUAGAUGUUAUAAUUAUGCCAAAUUUUUAAAAAGAAAACAAAAUUAUAUCUUUGACAAAAGAUAGAAAAAAUAAAACAUAUUAUUAAAAAGUCAAAUUAUUAGCCAAAAAAAAAAUUAUAUAUUAUAGUAACUAUAUUAAAAAAAAAGUGAGUCAUUGAAUUAUUCAAAAAACUAUUCAGAAAUUUCUUUGUAUUGUAGCCAAUUAUUUCCCCUUUCAAAAUGAAGAGCAUCAAACUCUUUUUUUUAUCAAGAAUUUCUUUUCCUCAAAGAAUAAAGAAAAAAAAUGUAGUUACUCUGUUUAGGAAUCUUUCAAUUUUUAAUCUAAGAAAAAUAUUUAUUAAAUCAUUACCAUAAAAAAAAUGAGACAAGAGAAAAAAAAUUAGAGAAUGUGCAUUUUAUGAGUCCAAAGUUAUGAAAUCAACUUCUAAACUUAUGUCAAAAAAAGGAAAAUUUUAAAUUUAAAAAAAUUUCUAUGUGAAUUAUAUUAUGAGACAUGAAUUAUACUUCAAAAAAAAAGAUGAGAAAAAACUAGCCAAAAAUUACUUAUAUAUAUUAAAUAUCACUUAUUAACAUAAUUUUAUGAUUGUAUUAUUAAAAGAAGAAAAAUAAUAGGAAGUACAAUCCAAUAUAUAGAA